AUGGCGGAGAUUAGGGAACGUGACCACCCAAUCGUCUCUUUUUCUGUUAUUCCAUCUUCAUCUUCGCCGUCGCCACCACCUUCAACGACAUCUUCUUCAUCUUCUUUUGCAUCCUUAGUGGGUUCGAAAGCAUCGUCUAACCGUUGCUCAGGUUGCAGCAAGCGUGUGGGGUUACUGGAUUUCACCUGCAGGUGUGGGAGCACAUUCUGCUCGCUGCACCCCUAUCCAGAAGAGCAUGAUUGCAGCUUCGAUUUCAAGACUGCAGGGAGACUUGCCAUAGCUGAGGUUAAUGCAACAAUCAAGGCCAACAAGCUACAGUAUAGAACUUAA